AUGAGCAGCUCGGGCCGCAUGAGUGGCACCGGUCGAGGCUCGUUCUCGGGCGGCCGCAGCUCCGAAGUCGAGCGCAUCAUCGCUGCCGCUGACGUCGAUACGACGUUUGCAGGCAAGAAGGCGCGCUAUCGUGGCCGUCGUUCGACAUGGCCAGGCGCAUUAGCGCUGCUCCUAUUGGCUCUCGUCUCGGUCGCGGGCCUCACGUACUACGGGAUCCAAGUGCAUGACGAUGUCAACGAGACUGAAGCCACGAGCGAGGCUACGAGUGAAGCCAAGUUCACAGACGGCACGCAGAUCAGCGACGGGAACCCGAUGGACCGGACGUCAAGUCUGACGAUCACGAACCCCAAGACGUACACGGACCGAAAGUGCGAGCAGCCCAAUUACAUUAGCAGAAAGGGCCGGAUAUUUGCCCAAUUGGCGGACGGGUCGUCGACUCAGAUCGACAUUAAGGGCAUCAACUGGAAGGGCAUGGAAGACGCCAAGGGCGUGCCCAAAGGGCUCUGGGACAACCAAGCGGACGGCAACUCGCUGUACCGCUACGCCCACUUUUUGCACGUGAACAAGUUCAACGUGGUGCGAUUCCCGCUCUCGAUCGACGCGGUCAUGCGCAAUACAGACAUUGACACGAACCUCAUUAACACCAACUCGAACCGGGCGUUGGCCACGGCCUCGCGGUACAAUACGCUGCUGGGCUUGCUGGUGCAGGGACUGGGUCAGUUCAACAUUGGAGUCGUGCUGGACUUUCAUGUCUUGUCCGCGCUGGACGACGAUGGAUCGGGUCUGUGGUACGGCCCAUCCAUUAAGCUGGUGGACAUCAAGACCGCCAUCUCGAACCUGGCGGAGGCGCUGUGUGACUCGACGCACUUUAAUAUCAUCGGUAUUGAUCUCAAGGAUGGUCCGAUGAAGGACGCGACGUGGGGUGACGGCUCCGACACGGAUUGGUCCGUCGCCGCAACCGAGUUGGGAAAUCACAUGCUGAAGGUGUGUCCCAAGUGGCUGGCUUUCGUUCAAGGUGUGCAGGGGGAGAGUCAUAAGGAUACGUACGGCGACCGUGAGAUCAAGAACACGUUUCUGCCUGGCUCGGAUCUCUCGGGACUGGGUGAAAAGCCCAUCAAGCUGAAGAAGGACGAGAAGGUGGUGUACGCGCCAAAGUACUUCUCGAGCUCGUACAUUCCGCGGUUGUUCUUCUUUGAGAAUGGCACGACGAACGGUGACUUGCUGGAAGAGUACGUUGAGUACACGGAUGCUGAUCUGCUGGCGAAUGUGCAGUUGAACAUGAACUACUCGUUCGGUGCAGCCUUUGACACGGGCAAUGCUGUGGUUCUCUCCUCUUUUGGUGGUCUCAUGGGCAAGUUGGAUGCGACGGGCAAACAGACGAGCACGCGAAUCAUCAAGAGCGUCAUCUCGCAGAUGACGGGCUCGACGGAGCCCUAUUUGGCUGGUGGUUUCUGGUGGACGUUGAACCCCGACACGUCGUGGCCGUACCCAUCGCCUGAUAACUCGAGCGCUACGGGUCAGGGUCUGCUGGAUCCAACGUGGCGUAUUGCGAACAAGGACGUACUGGGAGUGCUCGCAUCGAUGGGCAAGGCGAUGAGCAGCGUCAAGUUCAUUCCGUGCUCGACUUGA